GGCGGGUCCUGCGGCACCGCCCGGGAAGCUGCGCGAGGUUCGGCAGCCGCCGCCACAUCCUCCUCCUGUUCUUGGUCCAGGGGAGCGGAGCGGGGCCAGGGCCAAGUGGAGGGCUCCGACAGCGCGGGCGGAGCGGAGCGCAGAGCCAUGGCACAUCAGACGGGCAUCCACGCCACAGAGGAGCUGAAGGAAUUCUUUGCCAAAGCUCGGGCUGGCUCUGUCCGGCUCAUCAAAGUCAUCAUUGAGGAUGAGCAGCUCGUGCUGGGUGCCUCGCAGGAACCGGUGGGCCGCUGGGACCAGGACUAUGACAGGUCUGUGCUGCCGCUACUGGACGCCCAGCAGCCCUGCUACCUGCUCUACCGCCUCGACUCGCAGAACGCGCAGGGUUUCGAGUGGCUCUUCCUAGCCUGGUCACCUGAUAAUUCCCCUGUGCGGCUGAAGAUGCUGUACGCGGCCACACGGGCCACAGUGAAAAAGGAGUUUGGGGGAGGCCACAUCAAGGAUGAGCUCUUCGGGACCGUGAAGGACGACCUCUCCUUUGCUGGGUAUCAGAAGCACGUGUCCUCCUGUGCAGCACCCGCCCCGCUGACCUCGGCGGAGAGAGAGCUUCAGCAGAUCCGGAUCAACGAGGUGAAGACGGAGCUCAGUGUGGAGAGCAAGCAGCAGACCCUGCAGGGCCUCGCCUUCCCCCUGCAGCCCGCGGCCCAGCGGGCACUCCAGCAGCUCAGGCAGAAGAUGGUCAACUACAUCCAGCUGAAGCUGGAUCUGGAGCGGGAGACCAUAGAACUGGUGCACACAGAACCCACUGACGUGGCCCAGCUGCCCUCACGGGUGCCCCGAGAUACCCCCCGCUACCACUUCUUCCUCUACAAGCACACCCACGAGGGGGACCCCCUUGAGUCUGUGGUGUUCAUCUACUCGAUGCCAGGGUACAAGUGCAGCAUCAAGGAGCGCAUGCUCUACUCCAGCUGCAAGAGCCGUCUUCUUGACUCUGUGGAGCAGGACUUCCAGCUGGAGAUCUCCAAGAAGAUUGAGAUUGGUGAUGGGGCAGAGCUGACGGCCGAGUUCCUCUAUGACGAGGUACACCCCAAGCAACAUGCCUUCAAGCAGGCCUUCGCCAAGCCCAAGGGCCCGGGGGGCAAGCGGGGCCACAAGCGCCUCAUCCGCGGCCCCGGCGAGAAUGGGGAUGAUAGCUAGGUGGCUGGACCUGAGCCGGGCCGGCGUGUGGACUAUGGAGCCACCCACCCUGCCGCUCCCUGCCACCUCCUUUCUUCCCAGCCUGGGCUCCAGGAAAGUGCUUCCCGUGGGGCAGGAGGGGUGGUGGCUGAACACAGUUGCAGCUUCUGAGGGCCACCAGGCUGGCGUUUUAUGACCCUUCCGUGUUGCUGUCCCUGCCUCUCAACUCUGUGCCCAGGGUGUCUGGGGGCCCUGCCUGGCUGGCUCAAGGGAGCUGGGUGGGGGGCCUGACAUGAGCUUGGCCUCCAGGGGCACUGAGACUAGGGUUCCAGCACAGCCCAGAAGUCUUUGGCCACAAGGGCUGGGUCACUGCAGGACAGGAUGGUUGAAUGCUGUAUUUUCUAAAGAAUAAAAUAUUUUUAAAUCAAGA